AUGGUGAGUAGCAGCCAGCCAUUAAACGGAGAUAGAGCCCCAAAAAGAAGUAUUUUGAAACAAAGUUCUAGCCAAUCAUUCGAGCCAGUACAGGGGUAUGAUUUUCUUGAAUCAAAUUUCCAACUUCCCAGCCAUCCACUUUCGAAGGAUGAAAUAUUAGAUGCCAAUAAUACUACCUCACGAAUCAAUACGCUUAAAUUACAAAAUAAAGUUAAUCGAAGGGUCUCAUUUGCACCUGAUGUCACUUUACAUAGUUUUGAUUUUGUUCCAGAUAGUAAGUCAUCGAAUAGAAGAGAACCGAGGAGAAAACCACAUGAUGAUAUCGUUACUUCUACUCAAAAGAAUGAACCUAAUACACCAAUACCGGAUACUGGACACUCUAUGGAGAUGGCAGGUAUUAUUCAAAGGCCUUUAAAGAGCUCGACCGCAGAAUCGAAACUUGAAGAAGGAAAAGCUAACUUGGAAUAUGGCACUCAUCAAGAUAUACCGAGCAGCUUACCUGUCAUCGAAUCAGAGCAUGAAGAAUAUAGUGAUAAUGUCGAUGACAGAAAUGCAGAGAGUAUGGAAUUUACUGGGCCGCAAGAGGUUCUUGAUACACAAGUAGAACCAUUGCAAUCUACUCAAGAAGACAUGUCUAUGACAGGGAUUCAGAAGUUUGAUGAAUCUCAUAAUAGUAAAAAUGUACCUACCGAAGAACAUAACUCAUUCGUACAUGGGAAAGCUGAAGAACCAAUGGAAUUAACAGGGACGUUCAAUGUCUUGAGUAAGCCAGACGUGUCUGACACUGCAGAAUCUCAACCAAUGGACAUUACAGAGAUUUCAAAUCCUCAGAAGGAAUUAGAAGGUGUGAUUGUAUCUCCAUCUGCUUCGCAACCAAUGGAACUUACUCAGAUUAUGGGUACUGUACCAAAAGCUACUGUUGAAGAAAUAUCUCAAGGAAAUAUGGAUUUCACACAAGUUUUCUCUAAGCCUCAAACAAUACUGAAAGAACCACCGAAGCCCGAACUACGUAUCCAAUCAGGUCCAGAUAUAUCUAUGGAUCUGACUGGAGUAAUGGACAAAAGUUAUAAUCCUUCGAGCGUUGAAAAUAUAGAUAAUAAAAAUAAUGAUAAUAUUAAUCAAAAUGUCGAAGAAGAAGGAGAGGUGAUGGAGUUCACUCAACCUGUGGAGAAGAAAAUAGCCAUUCUACCAACAUCACAAGUUAUAAAUAACGAUGUCCAAGAUGAUGAUGACGAUGCCAUGGAUUUGACUCGUAUAUCGUUUUCUAAUCUACCCGUUCGUGGUAAGGAAGCAGUAGAUAGAAGGAAAUCAUUAAUUCCAACCUCCAACAAAAGAAGGAAGUUGAAUAAUGAUGAAUUAUUCAUACAUCCGAACGCGACGCCAAUACCAAUUGAAGAACAAGAAGAGAUGGAAUUGACGUCCAUGGAAAGAAUGUCUCCCAUUCGUUAUGAAGACAUGAAUGAUUCAAGCAAGAUGAAUAGUCAAAUCCCGAGCCUUGAAACUAAGGAAAAGGACAGAGGUAACGUUACGUAUUCAUUAAGAGAAUUUCUUGAUAAGACUGACGUUAGUUUUUUAAUUGACCCAGGAAAAGUUAAACUGAAAGAUAAGAAAAUUACAUUCAUGUAUAUGGACUCGAAUAGCUCUGAUAUUAGUUUACCAAUCAAUAAACUAUAUAACGCAUUAUAUGUUGAUGUUCCGGUUCUUGAGAUGAAUGCGUUUAUAUGCAAAGAAUUAUUCAGAAAGAUCUCUCAAUCCAAACAAUCAUUUGAGGAUUUAGAAACCCAAAUCAGUUCUUCCGUUCCACCAUUAUUACUAAAGGAAUAUUUCACUUCUAGCGAAGAAAUGAAAAAAUUAAUGAAUGACCAGAUGCAACUAGUGAAGAUGUACUCGAAAUUAGAAGCUAAGAAAGCAUGGUAUGAAUGGAGAAAACUACACCUAAAUGGUAUCAAAAAUGUUCUCAUAGAGAAUUUGGCAUUACUACAAGAGGAAUUAGAAAGAACUAAAUCUAGUUUGCAAAAACUUUAUGAAACUAGGAAAAGAAUUGAAGAAAUUAAAGAUUCCUUGAAAUAUGAAGUAAAAUUAUUGAAAGAAAUGCCACCAAAUAGUGUCGCAAGUGAACCAACGUUAGAAGAUAAAGUAAAAUUAGCAAGUUUGAAACAAGAAUUAAUUGCUCAUAAAAUAACGUUAGAGUCACUUCCAGAUCUUCAGAAAAAGAAUGAUGCCAUACGGCUGGAGAUCGAAGAGAAAACAAAUAAGUUAUCAAAGCUUAAGGAAGAGCUUUCACACUUGGACACUGAAGAUAACACCACGACAGCGUUAUUAGAGAAAGGCGAUAUUACAGUUUUGAGUGCAAAAUUAAAAUACCUUGAGAAGAUGCUUCAUGUUAGAGCUACUAGGUUCGUUGGUUCUUUACUUACUUUAGAAUUUGAUCUUGAUGAUGGUUUAAUAGAAUUAACAAUAAAUAUUUCUAACAUUGGGCAAUAUCGAACUAAGAGUAUUGAAAUUGCCGAAAAUGUGCUUUUGUAUAGACCACUGUUGGAAUGUUAUUUGCGCCACGUUGAAUCUAUAAUUUCUAAGAAGAGUGUUCAUACGGUGACAGAUUUCUUUUUCACUCUCUAUGUUUAUAUGAGAAAGUUUUCCAAAUUAUUAAAGGAGUAUAACUUAUUAAAAAUGGUAUUUCCCGUUAAAGUAAUUGAACAAAAUGACAAGGAGACGAUAUUUGAGAUUGAAGAUUUUGAUUUCAACAAUCGUAAUAAAUAUAUAUAUCACUUAUCAAUGAAAUCAUUUAUUAAUGCAGUAUUCAAUGAUAAAUCGGUUCUUCCAAUCGAAGUCAAGAUAAUGAAAGGAUCUCAAAUAACGUCCAAUGUCCUCUCUUCGAGGCUUAUACAAAAAGGUAGAAAGGUUCUGCCAUGGUUAGAUAAGAGCCGCGUAACUAUUACAAUUAUAUAA